AUGAAUUGGGACAAAGAAACCGUUGUAAGGUUUUUAGAACUUUACCAAAUGAACCCAUGCAUUUGGGACCCUGGAAACGAGGGGCAUAAAAACCGGCAAAGAGUAAACGACGCGUGGAAUACAAUUAAAGACAAUUUGGGUGUACCAUGUACCCUGCAAGAUUUAAAAAAAAAGAAGGAGUCGCUUAUGUCUGCGUACCGAGGUUACAAAACCAAAAUAAAGAAAAGCGAACGAUCCGGAUCAGGUGCAUCCGAUGUGUAUCAACCAAGUUGGUUUGCAUUUGCAUUCAUGGAUAGUUUUUUGAAUUCUGUUUAUACCUGCAACAGUACCAUAAACACUGUGGAUGAAGAACUUACGAUUAAUGAAGAUCAAAACACAGAACAGGGCCCUAUAGAUCAAAAUAUUAGAAGCCAAGAACAACAGGAAUUAAAUUCAAAUGAACAACAGGGUUCAACAGCAAGACCAAUAUUGCAUAGAAGAAGACAAAAUAAUCCACCUGAACUUAUAGAAGCGAAAAAACGAAUGGAUGAAGCAUAUAGUUUUAUGAAGCAACAUUCCCAGCUGCAGCUAAAGGAUGAAGAUGAUGAAUGCUCUACCUUUGGGGUACUUGUGGCUAGAAAGCUACGAAAACUUUCUGAACAACGCCGAGACAUCAUGAUGGCAAAAAUACAUGAGCUAUUUGUCGAUGAACACGUCUACAACUUCAAUUUGCCUAAUUAUUCUUCCAGUCGCCCAAAUUCUGCUGCAACAAUGCUAUCAUACACACCAUCACCACCCCAAAUCAAUAUCGCAUCUCCGUCAGCGGUUGCAAGUUCGCCAAAGGUUGCAUAUCCGACAGAUGUGGCAUCUCUGAAUUCUGCUACCAGUCAACCUAAUUCUGAUGCAACAAUGUUAUCGUAUACACCAUCACCACCGCAAAGCAAUAUCGCAUCUCCUCCACAGGUUGCAUUUCCGACAGAAGUGGAAUAUCUUAAUUGUGUUAACAGUUAUCCAAAUUCUACAAAGGUUUUGUAUACGUCAUCUUCACCGCAAAUGGAUGCUCCUUCUCCUGCAUAUCAUGUUGAAUACUCAGAAUACUCUAAUGAUACUCCUUUGAAUCUACCGAAUCCUACUUCUAGAAUGGUGUCGUAUACACCAUCACCAUCGCAAAUACCUCGAGGGAAAAAUAAUUAA